CACACUCUUGAAAACUGCGUUUGAGUAAAGAUAGAAAAUUAACCCUAAAACAAAAGGUUACGCACGCCUACCACGCAUGCGUACUUUGCGCAAGCUUGACGCGCAUCAGGCUGUCGCGCAGAGGAGUAGCUAAACAGCUAACAUGGCUCAGCUAACAUACAGCAGACUGUCUCAUUUACUGAGAUUAUCCGUUAAUAAACCUUCAGCUCUACGAACAAGGACUGAAAUAAACCUCGGACCUGCGUGUUGUGUUCAGUUCGUCCGCUGCCAGAGGUCGGUGGACAGCAAGGCGUUACAGGAGAGGCAGAAGCAGCACAUGGCGAGAGGUCUCCCCAAACAGAAGCCCAUCGCGGGGGUCAAACAGGUCAUCGUCGUGGCUUCAGGGAAAGGUGGCGUGGGCAAGUCGACCACCGCAGUGAAUUUGGCUCUUGGAUUAAUGGCCAACAAUCCAUCGAAGUCAGUCGGUCUGUUGGACGCUGACGUCUACGGUCCGUCGAUUCCCAAACUGAUGAACCUGAAGGGAAACCCGGAGCUCUCUGACAACAAUCUGAUGAUCCCACUCACCAACUAUGGGAUUCCUUGCAUGUCGAUGGGGUUCCUGGUGGACGACGUGGCUCCCAUCGUGUGGAGGGGCCUGAUGGUGAUGUCAGCGAUAGAGAAACUGCUCAGACAGGUGGACUGGGGCUCGUUGGACUACCUGGUGGUCGACAUGCCUCCCGGGACAGGAGACGUCCAGCUGUCGAUCAGCCAGAACAUCCCAGUAGCAGGAGCUGUAAUCGUGUCGACGCCGCAGGACAUCGCUCUGCUGGACGCUCGCAGAGGAGCCGAGAUGUUCAGGAAGGUUCACGUGCCGGUUCUCGGCCUGGUUCAGAACAUGAGCGUCUUCCAGUGUCCCAACUGUAACCACCAGACUCACAUCUUCGGCUCCGACGGGGCCCGACAGCUCGCAGACGCUCUGGGAGUCCAGUUAUUAGGCGACAUUCCUCUUCAUCUAAACAUCAGAGAGAUGUCAGACAGAGGGAAGCCAGUGGUCGUCUCCUCCCCUGACAGCCCAGAGGCGGAGGCGUACAGGAAGGUGGCGUCCGCUGUGGUCCGGCAACUAGAGGAGGUCAACACCUGAUUGACAGCUCCAACAGGAAGUCAACAGAAACUGUGAACACACACGUGAACACACACACACUCCGUGACAAACAACAACAACACACAUAGAGACAGAAACGCACAAACGUCUCCGCUGUCGUAACGCACAAUACGUUCAGUCCAAAGCACUACUAACAUCAGUACACACUGUUAGUAUUCUGUGUACUAGUACAGCAGUAUUACUGAAUACAUGUGAUGAUAUUCAAUAAAACUGUGAGCUGAAGUCUGUUUAUCAUUUUCGUUAUGUUAAAGUUUAUCUGUUGUUUCAUGUAUUUAAACUUCAUUACCCAGAGUUCCAGUGUAGUCUGAGUCACAGGCAGUAAAAUAAAAAACAAAACAAACAUGACAGAGGACGAUGAUGUGAAACAUCUAGAGGGGUGGUAACAUUUCCAUGCAUCAUAAUGUAAAAGUUGGGCUUCAAUCAAAACAUUAAAAUCCGUCUUCUAAGAAAAAUAUUUUAGUUUUGAACAAGAAACCUGAAGCUGAAGGAGGAAGAGAAAAAGAAGAAGAAACACUUCCUGGAUAUUUAAUGGAUAGAGAUACAAGAUAAAGAAUUCCCUCCACAGCAGCCAACAAAACAUCUACAUUUAUUGAGAAAAAAUGUAUUUACAUGUUUGUUUGUUUUUUAAAGAUGAAAUCGUUAAGCUGUCAUGCACGAGCUGAACGACAGAUUCUGAUUCAUUGAGGAUGAUGAAUAAAUCAAACUGUCUGACAGGAAACUGG